AUGCCAUUCGUCGUUGAUCCCUCGGGUGGUGCUGAAGGUGUAUGUCUUUUUUCUUUCUUUCAUUUCCUUUCUUUCUUUCUUUCCCACCAUGCCAUCCCAUAUCGUAUCCUCUACUCGCUACACCAUUCUCCUUUCCCCCUUCCCUCUUCCCCUCUUCAAUCCCCCUCCAUCCUCCCACAAACUCUCAUCUCAAUCCUCACCCUCAUCUCAACCCCAAUCCUCACCCUCAACUCAAACCCCUCCGACCCACACACCACACUAAUCCUCCCCAGAACCCCCAAUCCGACACCGAAAUCGCCGAAGAGCUCGCGGCCCUCGAAGAAGAAGUCCGCCGUCAAGAAGCCGAACUCGCCGCCGCCGAAGCGGAAGAAGCUUAUGUCGCGGAGCAAGACCGGAAGAGGAGGGCUGCUGUGGAGGCGACGGCUAGUGAGGCGCCGGAGUUUGGGAGUGGGAGUUUUCCUGGGGGUGCGUCUGGGCUGGUGAAGUCUGGAGAAAGGGGGGAGGGUGGUAGAAAGAAGGGAGGAAAUGGGGGAAAGAGUGGGAGUGGGAAGAGGGAGGGGAAGAAGGGAGAAGAGNUGGAGAAAGGGGGGAGGGUGGUAGAAAGAAGGGAGGAAAUGGGGGAAAGAGUGGGAGUGGGAAGAGGGAGGGGAAGAAGGGAGAAGAGGGAAAAGGAGAAUAUGAAAGUGAAGAACGGGAAGCGGUGGAGGUUCGGGAGAGAUUGA